CAGUCAAGAAGCUAGUUAGUGGAGAAGUCUACUCAGUGUUCAGCUUCGUUCCGUUUCGGUCAACGUUGAUCUUUACUCUCUGUGACUACACAGAAAACAUUUUACUGAGUCAACAUGGCGGCUGGUGUGUCUGCUUCUGCAGUGGACUCAGCAUUACGAAAACUUAUAUGUUUUAAUGUCGGAAUGUUGUGUAAUCACACAUCAUCCGAUAACGGGAAUAACAAGGUAGGAUUUCAACUCACAAAGAUUGACUGGAACAAGUACCCAACUUCCUGGCCAGAACAUAUAUGCUUUAAAAACCCCAAUAAAGCUACUAAAAUGAACAAAGUGACAACUUCAGAAAAAUGGGCGAUGCUUUUCGCAUCUUUGUCAUGUCUUCUGAGAAAAGAUAUCGACAAACUCUUAGGGAAAUAUGAUUAUUUCACUUUGUGUGUCGAACUUAUGGCAUUAGAAAAUAGUAAAGUAGACAUUAUGCAUACUUGUAAUGUUCUUCGCGCACUCAUGAAACAGGACCUUAACGUGUUAAAAACACCCUGGGCGAAGGAAACGUAUUCCAAUGGACUGCACAUGAUUGGAUUAUCAUUGGUGGAAUCGGCUGAUAAGAAUCACUCCAAUUUCCUUACAUUAUAUGACGACCUGGAAAAGGAAUGCGAGAAUGGGCAACUUCCAGACUUUUUAAGACAUUUGAAAACGUUUUCUUCUAUGAAGUCAUUAGAUGCGGAAUCCGCUCUAGCAGUUGCGAAGGAGUGCUUAGAACAAGAAGCUAAAGCGACAGCAAAUGCCACUUCAAAUCAAGGUCAACAAAACAGUCGUAAGAGGCCGACUUCAUCUUCAAAAGCUCCAAAAAAGACGAAAAGAACGAAAGUGACGUGUCAAAAAUUAAAUGUGCCAUCAAUACCGACUUCAAAGUGCCCAAUUCCACAAAAGAACGCGCCAUUUACAUCAACUACCCAGUGUCCAAUUCAACAAAAGAACGCGCCAUUUACAUCAACUUUACAGUGUCCAAUUCCACAACCUAUUGCGUCACUUACAUCAACUUCACAGUGUCCAAUUCCACAAACGAACGUGCCAUUUACAAGCAUGUCACCAAUAUCAAGUAGAGCGUGUCCAACCUCACACACGUCCACGUCAUUGACAACAUCUACAACGUGUUCAUUGCUACAAACGAACGUAUCAUGGACGACAUCAACCAAAACGAAUGGGGCAAAAAUACCGUUAUUUGGGACAAGCGACCCUUUGCUUUCCAGGUCGGGUGCACAUCAGUCGAUUCUACCAACGAUUACAUCUGAUAUAUCUUUACAUGAGCAGGCUCAAAAAACAUUCACCGAUGGGUCCAUGUUGGACCAGGAUUCCUCUUGGAGACCUAGCCAGGGGUACUGUGAUACAGUCGAUAAUCUAUUUCCAUUACCUGAUCCUUUCUAACUAAAUUUAGGCAGACUGAUUGUGUUCCUACCUUGUUAUCCCCUAUUAGAAAAAAAAGGGAGAGUGACUCUUAAUCCCUAUGUGUAAAUGACUUCCAAGAAGCUUUUACGAUGGAUUUAUCCUCAAAAGGAUGUUUUUGCGUAAUUUGGACUACUGGCUAGCAAUUACGACAAAGAUCACUAUUAUUCCUGUAAUUCAGGAUUGUUUUCACUUACUUGUGUAUAUUUAGUGUAUUAUUAACCAUAUUGAUGCUUUGUUUUUCCUAAUCAAAAUAUAUAUUGAUACUAAAAUUAUAAAAACAAAAAACAAAAACAAAAA